AUGGAAAUAAGCGACUUGGCCCAACUUUACGGAAACGAAUUACACAUUAAACAAAUUUCAAAAUGGCUGAGAGGCAGUGCAAGGGCACAAGAAAUACAAAAACGGUCUGAAUUGGACUCGAAAGAUGGCCAUGUGAUUGAUGAACAUGACCAGUUUUUUCGCGACCAUAAAUUACUCCUUGUCUUGUUCCGGGUUUUGGGGGUAAUGCCUAUUCAGAGGGGCGAAAUUGGUAGAAUUACGUUCGGUUGGACAAGCAUUCCCAUGCUCUACGCCUAUGUAUUUUACGUGGUGACCACCGUUCUUGUGGUUUUAGUUGGCUAUGAAAGAUUUGACAUACUACUCAACAAGAGUAAAAAGUUCGACGAGUAUAUUUAUUCGAUUAUUUUUAUUAUUUAUUUAAUCCCGCAUUUUUUUAUCCCUUUUGUUGGUUGGGGUGUGGCAUAUGAAGUUUGUGAUUAUAAGAACAGUUGGGGGGGUUUCCAACUCCAUUACUAUAAAAUUACCGGCAAAAAUCUGCAAUUCCCUCUUUUGAGCACUUUGAUUAUUAUUAUAAGUCUCGGAUGUCUAAUUCUAGCUGUGGUGUUUUUACUGACUUUGAGCGCCCUUUUAGAAGGUUUCACCCUGUAUCAUACCACAGCGUACUUGCACAUUAUCACAAUGAUUAACAUGAAUUGUGCCCUUUGGUACAUCAACUGUAGGGCGGUUGGAAACGCCAGUACUGCCCUGGCUGAAAGUUUUCAAAAUGAUGUUGAUCGCAACUGUUCUGCUUAUAUCAUCGCACAUUAUAGAGUGCUGUGGUUAUCACUUAGUGACCUUUUGCAAAAAAUGGGCAAUGCUUACGCUAGAACGUAUUCCACUUAUUCGCUUUUUAUGAUGGCCAAUAUCACAGUUGCGGUGUACGGCUUCACUUCCGAGAUUGUGGAUCACGGUAUUCGUUUCAGUUUUAAAGAAAUCGGUCUUUUGGUGGAUUCCACUUAUUGUCUUUUCCUUCUGUUCGUUUUUUGUGAUUGUUCUCAUCAAGCUUCGCUCAAUAUCGCUCGGCGAGUUCAAGUGACUUUACUUCAAGUCAAUUUGAGUCAAGUCGAUCCAGCCACACGCAAAGAAAUUGAUAUUUUCUUGGUUGCGAUUCAAAUGAAUCCACCUAAAGUCUCUUUGAAAGGUUAUACUGUUGUUAAUAGGGAGUUGGUAACAGCGAGCGUCGCGACGAUUGCUAUUUACUUGAUUGUUUUAUUACAAUUCAAAAUAAGUUUACUCAAUAUGCGGGGAUAAAUGAAAAGUUGUUAUAGUAACGUCUAGUUAACACAAACACAAUUAGGUCAAUAUCAUUCGAUUUAUCGAGGGUUAGUAGGAUAAGCACACACGCAAUGAAAGCACACAUAUUUUUAUUUAUUAUUGUUAUAUUUACUGUACACUGUGAAGAGGUAAAAAUUAUUUGACAAAAAAUUUUCCCCCUAUUUUUUUAUCAUGUGUGUAGGAAAUUGGUUUGCCCGAAUACAAUUGCGAUAAAAAUGGCGACAUGA